ACACGUACACGUUGAAUUGAAUACAAAACGUAGCUGCAAAACAAGACGAAGGAAGAGAAAGCAAUUGGAGAAUCCAUUGUUCUCAAAACCCCACACAAAACACAACUCUUCUUCCCCAUCGAUCUUCCAUCAUCACACAUUCCUUCAACAAAAUGCAAAUAUGAUUUUAUUUAUUUAUACCCCAAACAUUGUGAAAUUAAGUGGAGACACAAACAACAAUAAGAAUACUCAGUUGUGAAAAUUGGGUCUUGGAUCAUUGUUGCCAUGAUUCCGUACAACACCGUGUUAAUGGUUGUCCUCAGUGUGGUCGUUUGUUUCAUGAUUCGGUGGAUGCUGUUCAAAACGGGAAUGAUAUACACGACCAAGAAACUCUUGAGAAGGGUUCAAGAUUGGUUCCACGUGUACCAGUUCAUCAAAGUCCCAGAAUUUAACGAAAGCAUGCAGAGGAACCAGCUUUACCGCAAGGUCUCUCUCUAUUUGCAUUCUCUUCCUUCCAUUGAAGAUUCUGACUUCACCAACCUAAUAACCGGUAACAACCAAAACGACAUCGUUUUACGCCUCGACCCUGGCCAAACCAUCGAGGACCGUUUUCUCGGUGCCACGCUCUUCUGGUUCAACCAAAAAACCGAACUGGACCGAACCGCCGCGUUCGUUCUCAGAAUCAGAAAAACCGAUAAACGACGGAUUCUCCGCCCUUAUCUUCACCACAUCCACGCCGUCGCCGACGAGAUUGAACACCAAGGGAAACGCCAUUUGCGCCUCUUCAUCAACGGCCCCGGCUCCGCCGGAGCGCGGUGGAGAUCCGUUCCGUUCAAUCAUCCGGCGACGUUCGAGACCAUAGCGAUGGAGAAGGAUCUCAAGAACAAGAUCAAAUCAGACCUCGAAUCGUUCCUCAAGGCGAAGAAAUAUUACCAGCGGCUCGGCCGCGCGUGGAAACGGAGUUUCCUUUUGUACGGUCCCUCCGGCACCGGGAAAUCGAGCUUCGUCGCUGCCAUGGCGAAUUUCCUCCGCUACGACGUCUACGACGUGGACCUCUCCAAAGUUCGCGGAGAUUCCGAUCUUAAGCACCUCCUCCUAGAAACGACGCCGAAGUCGAUCGUCGUCGUGGAGGAUCUGGAUCGGUUCCUCACGGAGGACUCGGAAUCAGCGGUUACGGCGUCGGGGAUCCAGAACUUCAUGGACGGAAUCGUGAGUUCGUGUUGCGGCGAGGAGAGAGUAAUGGUGUUCACGAUGAACAGCAAGCUGUGCGUCGACCCGAACCUGUUGCGUCCUGGUCGGGUCGACGUGCACAUUCACUUUCCAACGUGCGAUUUCUCUGCGUUCAAGACGCUGGCGAGUAGUUACCUCGGAGUGAAAGAGCACAAGCUGUUUGCGCAAGUGGAAGAUAUUUUCCGGCACGGAGCGAGUCUGAGUCCCGCCGAGAUCGGUGAGUUGAUGAUCGCGAAUCGGAACUCGCCGAGUCGGGCGAUAAAAUCGGUAAUCGGGGCGUUGCAAACGGACGGUGAUGGGAGAAGGUGUGGUGUUAUGAUCGGACGGCAGUUAGAGGAUGGUGACGUGGACGAAGUUACCGAAGGGGUGCUUUGUGGUGGGGACGGAUUCUCUACGGUUAAGGAUUUGCGGAAGUUUUACGGUUUUUUCAAAUUACGGAACGCCAAAAGAACCCAACUGUCUAAUUCGUUGGGCCACGAUAGAUAGAAAGACAAAAUACAAAUUUGACAAUUUUUGUGAAUUUGGGGGCAAAGAUUUUUUUGCUAAUGAAGCAAAUUAGCUAACGCAUUUAUUGGCUGGUUAGCCCCCAAUUAAAAGUGUUCAUAUUGGUCCUUUGGGAAUGAUUUUCAUUGAUAUCAUUUUAAUUUAGUGAUAAUGUAUAUAAU